CAACAGUGCCACACUUGCCGAGCUCGCGCCGCGAGCAGUGGACAGCGGGGACGGAGGGAGAGACGAGAUUAUGGGUGGUUGAGUUCGUAUUUCGGUGAAGUCGGCAAGUGUGAGCGUGAAGUUAUUAAAAUAGAAGUGGCAGCCUGGCACAGGUGGCACCUUUUUGAAUUAGUUGGUACCACCACAACACAGCCAUCAUGGGGCGACGCUCCAUCAACUCAACCAAGAGCGGGAAGUACAUGAACCCAACUGACCAGGCCCGCAAGGAGGCACGUCGGAAGGAGCUGAAGAAGAACAAGAAGCAGCGCAUGGCUGUGCGCCAUGCUGUGCUGAAGAACAAGGACCCACGCGAACUGCUGCAGGAGCUGGAGAAAAUCGACAAAAUGGAGUAUAGCGUAGACGCUUCGGCGCCGCUCAGUGAGAAGGUGCUCAAGGAGAAGCGGAAAAAGCUGAAGGAAACGCUGGAACGCGUCCUCAAGCUCUAUGAGAAGGAGGACCCCGAGUACUGGGCCGACAUCCGGCGCUCCGAGUCCGAGUACGAGAAGAAGCGCGGCUCGCUCAUCACCUACUACGAGUCGGUCAAGCACGCGCAGCAGGUGCAGGUGGAGGAGAUCCCGCUGCCGCAGAACCUGCUGCCGGAGACGGUGCCGGCGCAGAUCCCGCUGCCUCCCGGCCUGGAGCUGCCGCCGCCGCCCGCCGCCGGCAUCCUCAAGAAACACGCUGAGGAGAGGGAGCUGGCGCCAGUGCGGCGCGGUCCUCCGGGCGUGCCGCCGGGGCCGCCGCCGCCAUUGGAGCUGCCCGAGGACGAGCUGGAGGCCGCCGCUGCUGCCGGCGCUGCCGGCGCUGCCGGCGCUGACUCCUCCGACGACGAUAUGGAGCAGGAUGAGCCGGCGCGCGCCCGCCGCAUCCGCUUCCAGGGCGAGGAGGCGCCCGAGCGGGCCGAGGAGCGCGCCAAGGCGGCCUCCUUCAACACCAUGCAGCUGAAGAUGCUGCAGAUGAGCGGCCAGGACAUCGACUCGUUCAUGAAGGAGUCGGAGCAGCUGAUGAAGCAGCGCGAGGACCGCGGCGCGUCCGACCUCCAGGAGCGGCUGCGCGCCGUCGGCCAGCCGGGGCCCUCGGCGGCGGCCGCAGCGGCGGGUCCGCCGGCGCCGGGCCCGCCGCCGGCCAACCCCAACGUGCUGUCGGCGGCGCCGCAGCUGCGGGACAAACAGUCAGCCACCAUCGAGGCCAAGCCCCAGAUCAGGAACCUGGGCGCGGACGUGACCCGGUUCGUGCCGUCGGCGCUGCGGAUCAAGCGGGACGACAAGCGCAGGACGGACAAGAAGUCGGGCGCAGACGCGGCCGAGCCUGGCGCCGCGCAGCCGCAGCGCAAGCCCACCAAGGACGACGCGUACGCGCUCUUCAUGUCGGAGAUGCAGGGUCUGCUGUAGGCGCGCCGUCCUCGCUGCGGCACGGCCCGUCCCGGUCCCGCUGGGGCAGGCGGCGGGUCUCCAGACGGCGUGGGGGACGAAUGUGGCUGCGUCCCUGUCAGAGCCGUGGCCGGAGCGGCCCAGCCCGCUCAGCACGCGUGCUGCGGUGACGGCGUCGACUGCCGGAUCCAGUCCCGUACCGGCACAGACGGCAGGAGGGUGUGCACGUGGCCGACGCGGUCCCUCGGUUCAUAUGGUCCAUCACGCGGCGUCGUGCCGUAAACCAUUAUUUGAAUUCAGUUUGUUUGAGUGUGAGAGAGGAAAAUAUAGCAUCUGUCCA